UCCAGGCACAGGUGUUCAAGAUGCCUAAAAGAUCUCUUGAGUUCAGUUGUGCUGAAUGUCCCACUCUAGGGAAAAUUUUUGUACUUGAUUCCAUCAACCUUCAUUAUCGCAACUGCCAUGGUGGCAUUGCCAUUUUUAGAUGUAGUGUAUGUAGUCUACCCUUCGAUCACAAAACCUCUUUGAUUCGGCACUUGAAACAUGAUCAUGAUACAGAGGGCAGUUUGGAGGAUGGUGCCAGUGGUAGCAAUAUUGUUCAAGAUGAAGUUGCUGACCAGCAACCAACCUCAACCUCAUCCAAUGUUGAAGAACAAGAAGAGAAUGAUGUGCUUACAAGUAUCUCUCAAGAUAGUGACUCUGAUAAUGCGCAACAUUUGGUAGAAGUGACAGAAGAAGUAGCAGCGGAGGUGUGCAACCCUUAUCCCGUUGUUGAUCUAACUUCUGUUGCUGCUAAUAUUAUUAUGGAACUGCGGUCCACUGCAAGAUUGACAGGUGUAGCUAUUGAAAGGUUUCAAAAAGCUUAUGAGAAACUGUUCAUUGCACAAACUAAUAUAGUGAAGAACAAAUUGUUUUCAUCUUUGAAGGAUCGAGGAAUUCCAGCAUCAGAUAUUGUGAAUCUUUUAGAUGAAGUGCACAAAAUUGAAAAUCCAUUCAGCGGGUUGAAGACAACUGACGAACAACUGGAUUAUUUUGAAGAAAAGUAUGGACUUGUAAGACCUGAAGAGUGUCUUCUUGACACACGGAUUGACAAUCGGCUUGAUCCUAAAACAAAUGAAUAUGUCCCAACCCAAGUCACUGAAUCAUUUCAAUCUGUGUCAAUAAUUGACACCUUAAAGUUAGUUCUUUCUCAGAAGAAAAACCGUGACAACAUUUUCCAAGACUACAUUCGCAAGAAGAGUGGUGUUUUAAAAUCAUGGAUGGAUGGAUCUGACUUUGAAAACCACCCUCUCCUGACCAAGUACCCCAAAGCGCUUCAGAUAUGUCUAUUUUAUGAUGAUCUGGAAAUUGCUUCCGCCUUGGGAUCUAAAACGAUAAUUCACAAACUUGGUGUGUUCUUCUUUCAAAUUUUAAAUGGACCAGCUCAUCUGAAGUCAAAACUUUCCUCUAUUCAUCUUCUUGCUUUGGCGUAUGCUGAUGAUUUGAAGAAGCCUGGUGCAUUCAAAAAGGUUCUCUACAAAUUUGUCCAAGAUAUGAAAAAAUUGGGGUCUGAAGAUGGAGUUGUCAUCGAAAUUGAUGGACAACAGCUAAUCAUGAGAGCUGUUCUUGUAACUGUGGCAGCAGACACCCUUGCAGCACAUCAACUGCUUGGCUUCCUAUCUCCCGCUGCUCGCUUCUUCUGCAGAGUUUGUAUGAUCAGCCGCCCCCUUUUUAGGCUUGACGGUAAUCUGGAAGCUGAAUUGAGAACACCUGAAAAUCAUGACAAGCAAGUUGUUGAAGUAAUAAAGGUGCCCAAACUUUCCACUCAAUAUGGUGUUAAAGAAGAGUGUUGCUUGAAUGAAGUUCCUUACUUCCAUUGUGUGGAUGGCUCUGUUUUUGAUGCAUUUCAUGACCUCCUUGAAGGCGUUGUCCCUGCAGUUCUCAAGAUGGUUUUAAGAAAUAUCAUAUACAUUAGAAAGGCUUUGACUGUUCCAGAAUUUAAUAUGAGAAUAGCAUCUUUUUCAUACGGCAUCCCAGAUAGCAAGAACAAGCCAUCUCCCAACUUCACCCUGAAUAUGUUGACUGGUCACGACAAGCCUAAACAGACUGGAACCCAAAUGUGGUGCUUAAUGCGUGCAUUUCCUUUUCUUGUAGCUGAUUGUGUUGCAGAGGGUGAUCCUCACAUGGAGGUUAUAUUUGUGACUCAAGACAUUAUGAAAAUUGUUUUCUCUUUCGAAACUACUGAUUAUGAUUUGGACCACUUAGAUACACUGAUUUUCAGAUUGAUUGACAUGUUUAAGUCUCUCUAUGUUGAUGCCCCAGACCCUAAUGAAGAGGAAGAAGAAGCAGAUCAAAGCAAUCAAGGCGGAGAAGAAGAAAACGAAGCUGAUGUAGAUGAGGAGGGCCUUGAAGCUGAUGAAGAUGAUGUGGGUCCUGAAGCUGAUGUAGAUGAAGUGGUCCCUAUGGCUGAAGCACAGCCUCAGGAAGGACAACAACAGCCACAACAAAGACGUCGGAGAAGGAAGAAACCUCUGAAAGUCCAUUUAUUUAAUAAACUCCAUCAUCUAAAACAUUAUGCCGAACAGCAAAGGAAAAAAGGCCCAAUUGUCAGAUUGUGGUGUGCCAAAUUUGAGGCCUGCCUCAAGCUCUUUCGGCAAUAUGCCAGUAUAUGUUGCAACUUUAAAAACCCACCCAAAACGAUGGCCCAAAUGUUCCAGUUGAGCCACCUUUGGUCUUUGUUGCAUGAUGAUGAGUCCACUUCUGUCGAAUACAAGCCUGAAUCAAACCUUACCCCUGAAAAUAGUAUUCAUAAGGAACUUUUUGUCAAAGCUGGUAUUUCUGCUUUUGUUGAUACGAAGAAGGUCACUAUCCAUGGUGAAGAAUACCGGCCUGGACUGUUUCUAGUUUUUGCUGGAGAAGAACCCAAGUUUUCAUUAAUAUCAGAUAUCUAUGUUGCACCUGAGAAUUCAGUGUAUUUUCUUGUGAAACCAUGGAAACUUGUUGGGUUGAGCGGCAAGUAUAAUGCAUACCAAGUUACUAAAGAUGAUCUCUCAGACUAUGCACUUCUAAGUGUGUCCUCUGUUUCUAACUUUCGCCCUCUUGCCCCUUGGAGCUGUGGCAGUGGCAACAUCUAUAUUGCCCCUCGUACUCAAGUACUCUGAUUUUAUGUUCUCUUCACAUGGAACUUUGACGCAUCAGAAGUCAUUUAUUCUGCCUUCAUCGCAGUUUCAGAAAAUAAAUCUAAUUUAAUUCAAUGAUUAAAAUUUCAUUUGCUAAUUAUGUUUACUCGACAAAGACACAAAAAUUGUCUUGUCUUAUUGGAUAAAUACUAUGGC